GGGCCCGGCUCCGGGGCGGGCGCUCCGGGCGCCCCGCGGAGUGACGCGGCGCCGCCGACAGACGGGCCCGGCCGCCGGCGGGACGGGAGCGGGCAGGCCGCGCGAUCCUGCUGCUGUCCCGGGUUGUCUGUUCCUGCUGCUGGCCGCUGUGGGCUCGUCCCCAUGCGCUCUUGGGCUGAGCGGGUACCAGCGGGGCAGAGAGGCUGGUGUGCCCCGGGGUGCUGAAGCCGGGAGGCCGCUGGACCCACCACUCCUGGGACCCUCCUGCUCCCCGCCUCGAGGAGCCCCGAUACUCUGAUGGAUCUGAGGCCCUGCUCGCUGCUUCUGCUCUGGACUCUGGUGGUUGCCCUCGCUCUCCUGGCGCAGGAGGUGCUGGCCCAGCGUAUUUACACCAACACGUGGGCCGUGCUCGUCCCUGCGGGGCCACAGGAGGCUGACAGGCUGGCCAGGAAGUAUGGAUUCCUCAACCUGGGCCUGAUCUUUGGUGACUAUUACCACUUUCGGCACAGUGGCGUGGUGAAGCGCUCCCUCUCACCCCACCAGGCCUGGCACAGCCGUUUGGCCAGGGAACCACAGGUGCAGUGGCUGCAGCAGCAGGAAGCCAAGCGCAGGACCAAGCGCGACAUCUUCAUGGAGCCCACGGACCCCAAGUUCCCGCAGCAGUGGUACCUGUACAACACCAACCAGCGGGACCUGAACGUGCGUCAGGCCUGGGAGCAGGGCUACACAGGCAAGGGCAUCGUAGUUUCCAUCCUGGAUGACGGAAUUGAGAAGAACCACCCUGACCUGGAGGGCAACUAUGAUCCAGGAGCAAGCUUUGAUGUCAACGACCAGGACCCAGACCCACAGCCCCGCUACACACAGAUGAAUGAUAACAGGCAUGGCACACGCUGCGCCGGGGAGGUGGCUGCCGUAGCCAACAACGGGAUCUGCGGUGUCGGCGUUGCUUACAACGCCCGUAUCGGAGGCGUGCGCAUGCUGGAUGGGGAGGUGACUGAUGCUGUGGAGGCCCAUUCCCUGGGCCUCAAUCCCAACCACAUCCACAUCUACAGUGCCAGCUGGGGCCCGGAGGAUGACGGCAAGACUGUGGAUGGCCCGGCCCGGCUGGCGGAGGAGGCUUUCUUCCGAGGGGUCAGCCAGGGCCGAGGAGGGCUGGGCUCCAUCUUCGUCUGGGCCUCCGGGAACGGGGGCCGUGAGCAUGACAGCUGCAACUGCGAUGGCUACACCAACAGCAUCUACACGCUGUCCAUCAGCAGCACCACGCAGUACGGCAACGUGCCCUGGUACAGCGAGGCCUGCUCCUCCACCCUCGCCACCACCUACAGCAGCGGCAACCAGAACGAGAAGCAGAUUGUGACGACCGACCUCAGGCAGAAGUGCACCGAAUCGCACACGGGGACAUCGGCCUCGGCACCCCUGGCCGCUGGCAUCAUCGCUCUCGCCCUUGAGGCCAACAAGAACCUGACCUGGCGGGACAUGCAGCACCUCGUGGUGCAGACAUCCAAGCCGGCUCACCUCAAUGCCAACGACUGGGUCACCAACGGCGUUGGCCGCAAAGUCAGCCACUCCUACGGCUACGGGCUGCUGGAUGCUGGUGCCAUGGUGAGCCUGGCCAAGAACUGGACCACGGUGGGACCUCAGAGGAAAUGUGUCAUCGACGUCCUCACAGAGCCAAAGGACAUCGGGAAGCGCCUGGAGGUGCGGCGGAAGGUGGACGCCUGCCUGGGCAAAGCCAACUACAUCAGCCGGCUGGAGCACGCCCAGGCGCGCCUCACCCUGUCCUACAACCGGCGCGGGGACCUGGCCAUCCACCUCGUCAGCCCCAUGGGCACCCGCUCCACCCUCCUGGCUGCCAGGCCCCACGACUUCUCUGCCGAUGGCUUCAACGACUGGGCCUUCAUGACGACGCACUCGUGGGACGAGGACCCCUCUGGGGAAUGGGUGCUGGAGAUCGAGAACACCAGCGAUGCCAACAACUACGGCACACUGACCAAGUUCACACUCGUGCUGUACGGGACAGCCACCGACUCCCCCAGCCUCUCCAACCAGCUGGAGAGCAGCGGCUGCAAGACCUUGACCCCCAGCCAGACCUGUGUGGUGUGCGAGGAGGGGUACUACCUGCACCAGAAGAGCUGCCUGAAGCACUGCCCGCCCGGCUUCGCGCCCGGCCUCCAGAGCACACACUACGAGCUGGAGAACAGCGUGGAGCCCAUUGCCCCGCACCUCUGCCUGCCCUGCCACACCUCUUGCGCCACCUGCACCGGGCCCGGCCCCAACCAGUGCCUGACCUGCCCCGCGCACUCCCACUUCAGCAGCCUGGACCUCUCCUGCUCCCAUCAGACGCAGAGCAGCCGUGCAUCCCCUGCCCUGGCAGAGGGCGAGGGGCUGGCUGAGGCUCCCCCUCCCACCAACCUGCCUGUCCUCAUUGCCAGCCUCAGCUGCGUCAUCAUCGUCAUCAUCUUCGUCACCGUUUUCCUGGUGCUGCAGGCGCGCUCAGGCUUCAGCCUGCGGGGAGUGAAGGUCUAUGCCCUGGACAGUGGGAUUAUCUCCUACAAGGGGCUCCCCUCUGACAUCUGGCAGGAGGAGGGCCCCUCCGAGUCGGACGGUGAGGACACCGAGGCCCACAGCGAGAGGACUGCCUUCAUCAGAGACCAAAGUGCCCUUUGAUGAGCCCUCCCGCCCCUCCCUCCUCCCUGCCCAGCACCAUGGGGCCAGGGUAGGCGAGGCCGAGGGGUCCCGGACUCUGCCCUCGUCCCUGUCCCGCACCACAGCAGCCCGGGGCUCCCACCCACCGGCACUGCCCCUUGGCCUGGCCUGGGCAGCCGGGCACAGCCCUGCUGGCACCGUCCCCAGCUCGGCCCCGUCCUGGUCUGGCUCCAUCUGUCUCUGCCCCGAGUCCACCCUGACCCUGUGCUGGGAUGUGUGGUGGCAGCAGGGUCACUGACCGGCCCUGCGCUGGUGGCCGUGUCCCCUGCCCGGGGUGGUGUCUGUUG